AUGUUCACUCCCAAUUUUACGGGUUUGUUCUACCCUCAUCAAAUUAGCAAAUACCUAAGCCAUUCUUAUAGUUGUGACGAGUCUUCUCUAGACAUUGAGCCUGCAUGCAGAUUCCACAACGUUAUCAGUCAGACGAGAAGAGGAAAACACAAUUGGAGAAUAAUGGCCACCAUCUCAAUCAAUGACACUUCUUUAGAGAACAAGGUCACAUAUUACCAUAUUUCCGUUACGCUUCCCCUACGAUCGAUUUCGGUGGCCCGAAGAUACUCUGAAUUUGUAUCGUUGGUAGAAAACCUCUGCAGUGAAAUAGGAAUCUCCCAGAGAGAUUUUCCUUAUCCGCUUCCGCCCAAGGGAGGCCUUUUCAACAACAGCACCAAAAUUGUUGCAGAGAGAAAAGUGAAGCUCACAGAAUUCUUAUCGAAUAUUGUGCGUGACCGAGAUUUACAGAACAGAGACUCUGUCCACAAGUUUCUUGGGUUGCCGGUAAGUUUCCGUUUCACUCCAGAGCUAUUCAAGGAAAACCAACAGGAUGAAUCCAGUGCCAAAUUCCUUAUUGACGAUGAUGUUGCGGAUAUCAAUAAAGGCCAAUGGCUAUCAUACCUACGUAUAGUCCGCUUCAAUGCAAGCGACAUGGGCAAAGGCACAGAUUUGGCAUCGAAGCUUGCCGCCCGCGAGAAUGCUAAUAAGUUUAUUCGCCCUAAUUUGGAGAAACUCUCGUUAAGUUUGCAGCAUUUGUCGAAAUCCGGCGCCAUAGAUCACGGGGAAUAUUCAAAGAGAAAUAAUAUGCUUAAAGAGAUUCAGGCCGAUGUCGAGAAAGUCGUACGGGGCGAGGCACCGAAGGUUUCCAAUUUGCCAGAAUCUUCUCUGAGGAGGAUCUUUGCAAAGAGAGACGACACUCCGCCCGAAGAAACAAAUACUACACUUGCCUUGAACAACAAGGAAUUGCUUCAGCAGCAAAAGCUAAUGCAUCAGCAACAAGACCAAGAGUUAGAGCAACUCAGGAUGGUUAUUGGUAGACAGCGCCAGAUUGGAGAGGCCAUCAACAAAGAAGUGGAGGAACAAAAUGAAAUUCUCGACCGCUUUUCGAAUGAGGUGGAGGCAUCGUCACAAAAAGUUCAAACAGCCAGGACAAGGACUCGCAGAAUUGGUUAA